AUGUCUGCGGAACUCUACCAACGCGCCAUUCCGGCGACAGAGGAGGGAUCAUCCGCUAACGAACCUGCUACCUCCACAGAGAAGACUCUACGCUCAGUAUGGGCUCAUGUAUUGAAUCUCCCCGAAGAGCAAGUUUCACUUGAACGUCCAUUCCUUUCUUUGGGUGGAGACUCUAUCUCCGCGAUGCAGGUCAUGGGACAAUGCCGGAAGAGGGGCCUGGGCCUUGGUGUGCAGGAGAUCCUACGAAGCCGGUCAAUCUCGCAACUAGCUACGGCGGUCAAAGACAUCCAGAUGUCUUCAGACCACCUCGAGGAAGAAGUGGAAAGGCUGUUUGACCUGACACCUAUUCAGUCGCUUUGGUUUGAGCUUCCAAACCAGGGACAUGGUCACUUCAACCAAUCUUUCUAUCUUCAGGUCCGACAGAGAACAACAGCCGAAGAGUUUCAGGCGGCCGUUGAGCAGCUUGUAAUGCGCCACUCCAUGCUCCGAGCUCGAUUCUCGUUUUCUACUGAAAAUGGUUGGCAACAACGCGUGACGGAAGACGUAACCAACUCGUAUCGCUUUCGCCACCAGGCAGCGUCGACAAAGGGGGAGAUUGACGUAAUGGUCGAAGACUCGCAAAAGUGCUUGGACCACGCCUCCGGUCCGCUGUUUGCCGCAGAUCUGUUCGAAUUUGGCGAUGAACAACAUGCCUUCCUCGUCGCUCACCACCUGGUGAUCGAUCUAGUUACCUGGCGCCUACUGCUCGAAGAGUUGGAAGAGAUUCUGAAGGGCGGGAUAAUGCUCCCGCCAGCACUUCCUUUCCAGAAGUGGGCCCAACUGCAACAAGAGCAUGCCGCAACGCUCCAGCUCGACAAAGUCUUGCCGCCUGUCGACAUUCCUGCUAUAGAUUUCUCAUACUGGGGCAUCCGGCACCAAGACAACACAUAUGGUAAUGCCGGUCACGCGAGCUUUGAGCUGGAUCCUACUCUCACUUCGCUCUUCCUAGGCGACUGUCACAGUGCCUUGAGGACUGAGCCGGUAGAGGUUCUCUUGGCCUCACUGAUCCAGUCCUGGUCGCACGUGUUCACGGAUCGGCCCCACCCGGCCAUCUUCAACGAAGGACAUGGUAGAGAACCAUGGAACUCAGAGAUUGACGUCUCACGCACUGUUGGCUGGUUCACGACUGUCUACCCUAUCUUCGUCAACCGGACCGAAGACCCGAUCGAAACAGUUCGAAGGGUCAAGGAUUUCCGACGACAGAUCCCGUCCAACGGACGACCAUAUCUCGCCCGCAGAUGUCUCACUGCCGAAGGUCGUGCGCACUUCAACAGUCAUUGGCCGUGGGAGAUUUCAUUCAACUAUCUGGGCCAGUAUCAGCAACUUGAGCGAUCCGAUGUUCUGCUUCGGCCCCUUGAAAGCAUGGCUGGAGAGACACGAGAAGCUGGAGGCACCGCUGAUGUCGGCCAAGAUGCUCCUCGGUUCGGUCUCUUCGAAAUCUCAGCCAUCGUCUUCAAGGGCCGCCUGAAGUUUGCUUUUACCUUCAAUCGCCACAUGCGUCAUCAAGAUCGAAUCCAGCAAUGGGUAUCCGAAUGUCGCCAGAGCCUCACGCAAAUGGUAGAGCAACUGCCUACGGUAACUCCGAUGCCGACCUUGAGCGACUUCCCCCUUCUAUCUCUGAACGAGGAUCGUUUCCAAUCUAUGCUCCAUCACCUCGCGAAGAUUGGUAUCUCAGGCCACGAAGUCGAAGACGCCUAUCCAUGCUCGAGCAUGCAGGAGGGUCUGCUGCUUUCGCAAACUAAGGAUGCCGGAUUCUAUGCAGCGGUCACUAUCUACGAGCUUAGCCUUCCGCAUGGACAUCCAGAGUGGCAGAGAGUGACUGAUGCCUGGAAACAAGUCACUCGCCGCCACCCGACGUUACGGACAAUAUUCCUCGAGAGCGUCAGCGCCGAGGAAGGUCUGUUCGACCAAGUCGUUCUCAAACACGUUGAGCCCAACAUUGUCCACUUUGAAUGCCACUCUGAGCAGGAGGCCCUCGACUUCAUCGGGAAGCAGCGCUCGGUCAGCUACGAUAGCGGCCGAUCUCCUCCGCAUCGCUUUACGAUCUGCAAUACCCCCGGUGGGAGGGUCUUCUGCUGUCUCGAGAUUAGCCACGCGAUCAUGGAUGGCCAUUCCAUGAGCCUCCUCUCCCGCGACCUUCGAAAGGCAUAUGAUGAUCGGCUCCGCGACGACGGCCCGGCGUACAGUGACUACAUCUCGUAUCUGAUGAAUCAAUCCCAGGACGUCAGCCUCGAGUUCUGGAAGUCCUAUCUCACGGGCAGCGAGGUGUGUUCGUUCCCAGUCCUGAACGACGGGCAAGUCGUGGAAAAGCAACUGCGAUCGAUACGAGUGGACUUUGGCAACCUCGGCAUCUUGGAUCUUCAGGCUUUCUGCAAUGCGCAUGGCGUCACCUUGUCAAACAUCUUCCAUACAGCAUGGGCAAUUACUCUGAGCUCCUAUGUCGGCGCUAACGACGUCACCUUUGGCUACCUCACUUCGGCUAGAGACUCGCAAGACAUCCAUCGCGUUGAUGACAUGGUCGGACCAAUCAUCAAUACUCUGGUCUGUCGCGUGAAGUUCUCGGGAGACUCGCAAUGUCUCCUGGACGUCCUUCGUGAGGUGCAAAAGGACUACCUGGACGCGCUGCCCCAUCGCCACAUAGCCUUGGCUGAGGUUCAGCAUGCCUUGGAGUUGUCAGGUGAAAACCUCUUCAAUACUGCCCUGUCGUACCGGAGAUUGCCGCCGGACGCUCCCAGCGAUGGGAGCAGCCUCAAGUUCGUUGAACUUGCACCCAUUUACGACCCAACGGAGUAUCCCGUCUCGAUUAACAUUGAAGUUGGAGAUGACGCGGCCAUGGUCGAUCUUGACUAUUGGACGGACCAUCUCUCUCAGGGUCAAGCUGCCAACGUCGCCAGCACUUUUGUCCGUGCCCUGGAGAACAUUGUUUUCAACGGCGCACAAGGCUUCGCCACGCUUGAUCAUCUGAGUGGGAAGCACUGGCAGCAAAUCAGCGACUGGAACGUAAUGCCUGAGACCCUGCACGAAUGCGUCCAUCAAAGAUUUGCGGCAUGGGUAGCUCCACAGCCUGAUGCCCCCGCAGUACGCGGUUUCGACGGAGACUACACCUAUGCCGAGCUAGACGCCAUCACCGAACGUCUAGCGCACCAUCUCGUCGAAUUAGGUAUUGGCCCGGAGGUAUUUGUCCCCACAUGCUUUGACAAGAGCUCUUUCACGGUCAUAGCUAUGCUCGCGGUCCUAAAAGCAGGCGGGGCGGCUGUUCCUCUUGACGCGAAGCACCCGAAGCCGGCUCUUGAGUCCCGCGUUGAGGAUACGCAGGCCCAAGUGGUGCUGACCUCGGCUGCCUGCUCGGAGCUGUUCGAAGAUGUCGUCCCCGACGUGGUGAUCGUUGACCAGGUCCUCCUGGAUGAUCUGCCGAGUGUUGAUGGGCCGGCUUGCACUACGGUCGAACCCCACAAUCCGGCUUUCGUCAUCUUCACAAGCGGAAGCACUGGAAGGCCGAAGGGCGUGGUCCUUGAGCACGCGGCUAUGGUAACAAGUGCGAAUGCUCACGGUAUGAACCUGGGCAUCCAACCCGGGUCUCGAUUUCUCCAGUUCGCGAGUUACACGUUCGACAACUCUCUCGAGGAGAUGUUCACAACUCUCCAGAGAGGAGGCUGCGUGUGCGUGCCGUCUGAAGAGCAGCGCAUGAAUGACCUAGCAGGUGCUAUUGCCGAGCUAGACGCCAACUUCAUGGACUUGACACCCACUGUUGCGGCUUUGCUCAACCCCUCGGACGUACCUACGAUCAAAGGGAUGGCCCUUGGUGGCGAAGCUCUCACGAAGGCUGUCGUCGAACAAUGGAGUCCGCACGUUCAUCUGCACGGCCAAUACGGGCCGAGCGAAGCUUCCAUCAACUCCGCAUGGAAGGACUUCAAGCACGGUGGUGCGCCUACCAACAUUGGUAGAGCCAUCGGAAGCGUCUCUUGGGUCGUUGACCCAGAUAACCGAAACCGGCUUGUGCCCAUCGGCUGCAAGGGCGAGCUGUUAAUCGAAGGACCGAUCCUGAGUCGCGGCUACUUGAACGACCCGGAGAAGACCAAGUUGGCGUUCAUUCAAGACCCUGAAUGGGCGCUCGCUGGUGGUGCAACCGGUCGCCGAUUCUACUGCACCGGUGAUCUUGUGCAGUAUACAUCGGAAGGAGAAAUGAUGUAUCUGGGCAGGAAAGACAGUCAAGUCAAGUUGAAUGGCCAGCGCAUUGAGCUCGGCGAGAUAGAGUACCAUCUGAAGCUCAAUCUACCGUCUGAUGCACAGUCAGCGGUUGAGCUGGUCAAGUUCUCCGACUCCAAAGCCACGAAGAUUCUUGCAGGCUUUCUCUGCCUUUCCGAGGAGCCCGCAGGCUCGGUGAAUGAUGUUCCAUCUGCUAUUGGAGAAUUGACGGACGCAGUGCGGGCUGUCGCCAAGGACAUGGAGGCUGCGCUCGCCAACGCCCUCCCUGCUUACUACGUUCCGUCCAUGUUCAUGCCAGUGACGAGCAUGCCCAUGACGACCUCUGGCAAGCUUGACCGCAAGAUCCUGCGACAGCUAGCCCAGGCCGUACCAGAAGAGCAGAUGCAUGUCUACAGGCUUGCGGGAAAGAGCGGCUGCGCGCCUUCGGGGCCUGUCGAGACCACCCUCGCACGCCUCUGGGCCACCGUGUUGCACCUGAAUGCUGACACCGUUGGCACCGACGACUCUUUCUUCCGUCUCGGCGGCGACUCUAUUGGCGCGAUGCGUCUGGUCACGGCUAGCCGAAAAGAGGGCAUCAUCCUGAACGUCGCGAACAUCUUCGCGCAGCCUAAGCUCGUCGACAUGGCAGCUAGCGCGGUUGUGCUCUCCUCCGACGAGCUCUCCACAGAGCCUGAGCCGGACACGAUUCCAUUCGAACUUGUGCCAGGGGAUGCCAGACGCCGCAUCAUUGAAUUCGCUGCAUCCGAAUGCGGCAUCUUCCCUGACUCCAUCGAAGACAUCUAUCCCUGCAGUCGCCUCCAAGAAGGCCUCAUCGCGCUCUCGACCACGGAGCCGGGCGCGUAUGUGGCAGAAACCAUAUAUCGCCUGCCAUCCGACACGGACAUCGCCCGCUUCAAGCAGGCAUGGAAUACAGUCAUCGCAUCAGAAGCCAUUCUCAGGACCCGUGUCAUCUACACUGAGGAGCAUGGCUUCCUGCAGGUUGUCGUUCGAGAAGGCGUCGAGUGGCACAACCUGGCCGACGUGCGGGAGAUCAAUGAAAGCCAUCGACAUCUUCCAGCUAAGAAUGGUGGCGUGCUGACCACCUAUGCCAUUGUCGGCGAAGGUUCGGCUUCGCCUUUCUUCGUCUGGACGGCGCACCAUGCGGUGUAUGACGGAUGGAGUCUGCCCAACCUGCUGUGCAAAGUUGAAUCUUACUAUCGGCAGACUCCUCAGGAACCUGUCGUUUCUGUGCCGUACUCUCGAUUCAUCAAAUUCCUGUCAACCAUUGACGAGAAACAAUCUGACGGCUUUUGGCUAUCCACUUUUGAAGACAUCACAGCUCCCCAAUUCCCGCAGCUGCCGACCCCGGACUACAAGGUCCAAGCGUCAAGCCAGCUCUUGCACCAUGUCCAAACCAGCCGCCGGUCUGGAAUGGACAUCACCAUGCCCUCUAUGAUCCGAGCGGCGUGGGGUCUUCUUCUAGCUACCUACUCCGGCUCUGACGAUGUUCUCUGGGGAGAGACGAACAGCGGGCGAGAAGUCCCGGUCUCAGGAAUCGAAGACAUCAUCGGCGCUACUAUCGCGACGUCUCCCAUGCGCCUGAGGCUGAACCGCCAGCUGAAGGUUCAAGAUUACUUGCACGAGGUGCAACGCCUAGCCUCCGCUGCCCUACCCUUCCAAUUUGCGGGCCUGCAGCACAUACGCAAGCUCAGUUCCGACACAGCCGUCGCGUGCGAAUUCCAAAGCUUGCUCGCUAUUGUCGCUGGCGACAGCAUGAAAGAUCCUGAGGGUGGCUUGUGGGACCUUCAAAGCACAGGAACUAUUGGCACCAACUUCUUCAACUACGCUCUCAUCUUCAACUGCACCGUUGAGAGGGACGGCGUCAGUAUCGAAGCACAUUACGAUAGCCAGGUCAUUCAGCCCUGGCUUGUGCAGCGCCUCCUCCAGCAGAUCGACUUCAUCCUCAGCCGUUUCAACGCGGAUGGUUUCUCUGAACAGACUAUAGGCGAUCUGGAACUACUCAACCCGGGCGAUCAGGAUGUCAUUGCUGCCUGGAACAGCCGACCCGUCAACAUCAUCAACAGAUGCAUCCACAAUGCGAUCUUCCAAGACCAAGUCAUCCUUCGUCCUUCAGCCAUUGCCUUGGAGGCUUGGGAUACUGACGUCAUGACCUAUCGGGAGCUGGAUGAUCGGGCUGCACGACUGGCUUCUCGCCUCAUCUCGCUCGGUGUGAAGCCACAGACCUUUGUCCCGCUCUGCUUUGACAAGUCGGGCUGGACCAUCGUCGCCAUGCUCGCCGUGAUGAAAGCCGGAGCCGCGUUCGUUCCCUUGGACUUCGAGGCUCCGAUCCUCCGGCUUCGCGAGAUCGUCGGAGAUGUGAAGGCCCAGCUAAUACUCUGUGCUCCGCAGUACGAAGCCCUGUGCCAGUCUAUCCCUUGCAAAACAAUGGCCAUUAACCGAGACGCGACCGAACGUCACCCUGGGCGGCUCUACACUUUGCCGUACGUUCAGAGCGACACGCCAGCCUAUGUAAUUUUUACCUCUGGCUCGACCGGCAAGCCCAAAGGAGCAGUUAUCAAGCACUGCUCGUGGGUGUCCAGCUCCACUGCGUUCGCUCCCGUCAUGGGCAUCUCCGAAUCAUCCCGCGUACUCCAGUUCGCUUCAUAUACCUUCGACGCUUGCUUGAUCGAGAUUCUCAGCACACUGAUGCUCGGUGGUACGGUCUGCGUCCCUGACCAAGCCUCGCGAAUGAACGACCUGGCCGGCGUAAUCAACAAGUUCAACAUCAACUGGGCUACUCUCACUCCUUCUGUUGUGCGAACGAUGCAGCCUUCCCAGGUGCCUCAGCUUAAGGCUCUUGUAUUAGUCGGCGAGGCCAUGUCUCAGCAAGAGCUGCUCACCUGGGCUGAUCGGGUCAUGCUUGGCAAUGGCUAUGGCCCGACUGAAUGCAGCGCCAUUGCUACAGUUAAUAUCAUGACACCGACCACGAAGCCGAACAAUCUUGGGAAGGCUGUCACCGCUAGGGGAUGGAUUGUUUCGAAGGAUAACCAAGACGUUCUGGCACCUCUUGGAGCAGUGGGAGAGCUACUGCUCGAAGGUGGUGGUGUCGGCGCAGGGUACCUCAAUAACCCGGAAAAGACCACUCAAGCAUUCAUCGGAGAGGUGCAGUGGAGUUUGGGAGCCGAUACCCUCGAUCGUGGCGCACUAAGACGUUUCUACAAGACUGGAGAUCUUGUCAAGUACAACGAGGAUGGCACCAUGAUGUACCUUGGCCGCAAGGAUUCCCAGACUAAAGUCCGGGGACAGCGACUCGAACUUUCAGAGGUCGAACACCAUCUCAUCGAUGAUCCGUCAGUUCAGAACGCGCUUGCCUCUGUGCCAACUUCUGGACCAUGCGCUAAGCGUCUGGUUGGCGUUGUGACGCUGAAUAAUGUCAGCGGUUCGAAUGAGGAAUUGCAGCUCCUGCCGAAGGAGAACGCCUCUUUCCAUAUCGGUUCGAUCCGAGAUCGAGUCUGCGAACGCCUCCCUUCUUAUAUGGUACCAUCGCUGUGGGUCGCGGUCACUAAAUUCCCAUUGAUGCCCUCUGGCAAGAUGGAUCGGAGGCGUGUAGUGCAAUGGCUCGAGCGUAUGGACAAGGAGACCUAUCGCGUUGUCUCUGCUCUGGGUCUUGACGCGCCGAAGGAUGAAGGCGGAGACGCUGAGAGCAGUGUGGAGAGCAAGCUUCAAGCGAUCUUUGCGAAGGUGCUCAACUUGCCACCCGAGGACAUCCGCCUCAACCAAUCGUUCUUGCAUUUGGGUGGCGACUCGAUCGCUGCCAUGCAAGUAUCUUCUCAGUGUCGAUCCCAAGGUCUUGCUAUUACUGUUCAGGACAUCAUCCGGUCCAAGUCUAUCGCCGGGCUCGCCUCAACGGUCUCCGUUACCACGGAUGACCAAGCAAACGCGCCUAAGGACCAGGAGUACGAUCUGCCCUUCAAUCUCACUCCAAUCCAGAGAGUCUUCUUCGAUGCUGUCGGCGAUACCUACAACCACUUCAAUCAAAGCGUUGUCCUUCGUCUCGCCCGAUCAUUUGAGCUGGAUGAAGUCAAGGCGGCACUCACCUCGCUGAUCACUACGCAUCCCAUGCUGCGAGCACGCUACACAAGAAAUGAAUCUAGAACCUGGCAACAGCGAAUUGAGAAGGACACGGCCAAUUCCUUUAGACUACGACAUCAUCGCAUCAAUACGGCAAUUGAUGGAAGCAUGCGGCCGAUCAUCGAUGAAAGUCAGGCCACGCUAGACAUUGCCACUGGGCCGACUUUCGCAGUCGACCUGUUCGAUAUCGACAAAACUUUCUCGCAAGCUAUCGCACUUGUAGCGCACCAUCUCGUCAUUGACGUUGUAUCUUGGGGCAUCGUCCUCGAGGAUCUACAGAAUCUGUUGAACGACACCAACCCGCCACCUCAGAGUCUUCCAUUCCAUACCUGGGCACAACAACAAGUUUCACGGGCCAAGGACGACACAGCUAGGAAGGUGCUUCCAGUGGCUGGCAUCCCUCCUGCUGACCUCGAAUACUGGGGAAUGAACACCAAUUGCAACAUCAACGCGGACGUCAUCUUUGAGGACAUCGAGCUCAGCCCUAAGGACUCCAUGCUCCUCCUCGGAGCUCAUGAUGCGCUCGCUACUGAGCCCUUGGAUGUCUUCAUUGCCUCCCUUCUCGAAUCUUUCCGCAAGGUGUUCCCCGAUAGAUCUACGGUCACCGUACACAACGAAGGCCAUGGACGGGAGCCAUUUGAUGCUAAACAAGAUCUCUCGCGCACUAUUGGGUGGUUCACCACCCUCACGCCAAUCCAUCUGCCCGUGCCACCAGAGGAACCCACAGACAUUAUCAGCACUAUCAAAUGGGUCAAGGACCUUCGCGAGAGAAUUCCCGACAAGGGACGCCCCUACUUCGCGUACCGGCUCUUGACUGAGGAAGGGCAGGAUCGCUUUUCCAGUCAUUGGCCAGCUGAAGUGACGUUCAACUACCUUGGAAGGAUGCAGAACCUGGAGCGCAAAGAUGCAUUGCUCCAGAGAAUGGACGGUAUCUCAACUAUGGACAUCGGAGACGAUGUUCCCCGCCUCUCGCUGUUUGAGGUCAGUGCUGUAGUAACGCAGGGCACCAUCAAGCUCUCGUUUGGCUUCAAUCGGCACAUGAAGCGCCAGCCAGAGAUCAGGCGUUGGAUCGCCGAGUGUCAACAAACUCUCGUGGAGGCCGUUGACCAGCUCCUCCAUUCGCGACCCGAGCGCAGCUUGAGCGACUUCAAGCUGCUGCCACUGUCGUACAACGGUAUGUCCAGGCUGUCCGCUGUGCUGCCGUCCGGAGUCACUCUCGCGGACAUCGAAGACAUCUACCCGACUUCUCCCAUGCAGCAGGGUCUGCUCCUCUCACAACUCAAGCAUCCCGAGUUCUACGCCUACCAUUGCAUCUUUGAGGUCCGAUCAACGGAGCCGGGCCGAUCGGUCAACCCACGCAAGCUUGCAGAGGCGUGGCAGAUUGUGGUCCAACGCCACCAAGCCCUCAGGACUGUCUUCAUCGAAAGUCUCUCCAAGACGACGCUCAUGGAUCAGAUCGUGUUCAAGGACAAGGCAGGUAGGGUAUCGUGGAUGUCAGAUUGUGACGACAAUGACAUCACUCGAAUCCUACGCGAACAGCCCGCUACGGACUAUCGCGAAUUCAGUCCUCCUCACCGCUUGACUAUCUGCAAGACCAGGACAGACAAGGUGUGGACCAAGCUAGAGAUGAGCCAUGCUAUCUGCGAUGGUAGCUCCAUCCCGAACAUUCUGAACGACUUGGCCCGGGCCUAUGAAGGGAAGCUCUCCCGAUCCGAUAGCGGACCUCUCUAUCGCGACUUCAUCGCCCACAUUCUUUCAAGUUCAAGAGACGCCGACGUCAAUUACUGGAAGUCUUAUCUGUCGGGAGUUGAACCGUGCUUCUUCCCUACGCUCGCCGAUGGCAAGCCGGGACCCCACGCGCUUGGGUCUUAUGAAGUCCACGUAACUGACACCGCGGGGAUUCAGGCCUUCUGCAGGAAGAACAGCGUCACUUUGUCGAAUGUCCUCCAGCUUACCUGGACCCUUCUACUGCACUGCUACGUCGGUGCUUCCGACGUAUCCUUCGGCGUCGUCGCGUCUGGGCGCGAUAUCCCGGUCAGGAACAUCGAGGAGGCUGCAGGAUGCUUCGUCAACAUGCUCAUUUGCCGGCUCAACUUCUCGGACGAGACUCCUAUUAGCCAGCUACUGGAAGCAUUGCAAGCGGACUCGGUCAACGCGUUGUCGCACCAGAGUUGCUCGCUCGCGGACGUUCAACAUGAGCUUCAGCUUCCAUCCCUUUUCAACACUGUCUUCACAUUCCAGAGACGACAGCUCUCCCGCGACCCGGAGAAGACAGCGCUAGUGUACGAGAACGUUGAAGCAGCGGACCCUGGAGAAUACCACGUUACCGUCAAUGCGGAUGUGUCCGAAGAGGGCGCCACUGUCGACUUCGGUUUCUGGCAAGACAAGGUACACCCGGCACAGGCACGGAACAUGAUCGAAACGUUUGAGAAGAUACUCUCUGGUAUUGUUGCCGGCGGUGACGAUGAGCUCAAAGUCGGUGAUCUCGACUUCUUCACUUCCGGGAGCCUUGAGCAGAUCACGGAGUGGAAUGCCGAACUUCCGCCACCGGUCCGCCGGUGCGUACAUGAGCUCAUCCAGGAGCAGGCUCUACUGAGGCCUCGUUCUGCAAACGCCAUCGAAGGCUGGGAUGCAAGGUUCACUUACCAAGAGUUCGACGAGGUCACCAACCGACUGGCUCUCUACCUUAAAAGCAUCGGUAUCUCGACAGAAACCUUCGUCCCGAUCCUGUUUGAGAAGUGUUCAUGGACCAUUGUGGGAAUGAUCGCCAUUAUGAAAGCCGGCGGCGCAUACGUUCCCCUUGAUCCUAAGCAUCCACAUGGGCGUCUACGCCAACUGAUCGGUGACGUUGGUGCAAAGGUCGUGCUGUGCUCGAGAAACUACCAUGCAACGGCGAGCGAAGUCGCAAACACUGCGGUCAUCAUCGACCGGCAGUCGAUCAGCAAGAUGCCACUUUCGAAGGGACUGAAGCCUAGGUCAGAUGUUACUCCCGACAAUGCUGCAUACUGUUUGUUCACUUCUGGAACUACGGGCACGCCUAAGGGCACCAUCAUCCCACACCAGUCAUUCUGCACCAGUGCAGCCGCAUUUACGCAGCUUAUGCACAUGGAUUCUACGUCCCGCACCUUCCAGUUUGCAAGCUACACGUUCGAUGCUAGCUGCGCAGAGAUCCUCGCAGCUCUUACUGUUGGUGCUACGAUCUGCGUGCCGACGGAGGACGAAAGAAUGAAUGACCCAGCCGGCGCAAUACGUAGACUGAAGGCUACCUGGACAUUCAUGACGCCCUCAGUCCUGGGUACCAUGAAGCCCGAACGGGUGUCUAGCCUAAAGACCCUUGUGGCUGGUGGAGAAGCUGUACCCGGACCGGUGAUCACGAAGUGGGGCAAGAGCACCUGCCUCAUGAAUGGGUACGGUCCAACCGAGACCACCGUCUUUGCCGUCACUUGCGAGAAGUCGACGCUGGAAAAGAAGCUAAUCGACAUCGAUCCUGGAACCAUUGGCUUACCUUCCGGAUGCCGACUAUGGAUCGUCCAUCCUCGCAAUCACGACAAACUCAUGCCGGUGGGCAGCGUUGGAGAACUUGUCAUUGAGGGCUUCACCGCAGCUCGCGGAUAUCUUGGCGAUGAAGUCAAGACAGCGAAGGUGUUCAUCUCGAACCCUGACUGGGUAUCUCGCCUACCCUGGCACGACGGCACGUUCUUCACCACGCGCAUGUACAAAUCGGGAGAUCUGGUACGCUACAACUCCGAUGGUUCCAUCACCUAUAUCGGCCGCAAGGACACACAGAUCAAGCUCAACGGUCAGAGAAUUGAGCUUGGCGAGAUCGAAUUCCACGUCAAGAGCAAAUUCCCCGAGGGCGUUCAAUCAGCUGUGGAGCUUGUUGCGCCGGGUGGCCGCGCCAAGGCACUCGCUGUCUUCUUCUCUCUAGACAAUGACGACCAACAGGCCGGAGUCACUGACGACGAGCUACUCCUUCCCAUGGAAGACGAUCUCCGGGAUAUGUGCAAAGCCAUGGAGAACGCGCUUGCUGGUGUUCUACCGUCCUACAUGAUUCCAUCCAUCUUCAUACCCAUCAGGACGAUGCCAUGGACGACGGCUAGCAAACUAGACCGCAACCGUCUGAGAAAUCUCGUGGGAACCCUCACCAAGGAAGACAUGGCACCUUACCGGCUGAACAGUGCCAUGAACAAGAGAAAGGCCACCACAAUUGCGGAGAAGAAGCUACAGAAGCUCGUGUGCUCUGUGCUCAAUCUCCCGUCUUCAGCGGUCGGAGCGGACGAUAGCUUUAUCCGCCUUGGUGGGGAUUCUGUCGCAGCCAUGCGACUCGUUGCGGCAGCCCAGGUAGAGCACCUAGAACUCUCGGUCAUCGACAUCUUCAAGCAACCCAAGCUGUCUGAUCUUGCCGCCAAAUGCAAUCUGGCCGAGACAGACUCCAAGAGGGACCGGGCCAUUGAGCCUUUCGAACUACUACGACAACCUUUUUCCAAGUCGCAUGUCCUUAGUGAACUUGCAGAGCAGUGCCGUGUCUCGAAGGACAAGGUUCAAGACGCCUACCCGACGAGUCCACUCCAGGAGGUCUUCGUUGCGCUCUCCAUCAAGCAGCCAGGGGCCUAUGUCGCUCAACACAUCCUAGCUCUCGCGGAGUCUGUCGACAUCACGAAGUUCAAAGCUUCGUGGGACAAGGCGGUCCAAGAGAUCGACCUCCUCCGCACCCGCAUCGCUCAACUGCACUCGGGUGUCUUCCUACAGACUGUCCUUGUAGAAGAUCCAAUCACAUGGCGCGAGACAAACACACUGGAGGAAGCCGAGGGAGAAGCCACUCAGGUUCCCGCGCACCUCGGAGGUCGACUCGCAGCUUAUGCUAUCGUGCGUACGACAACCGAUAAACAUUACUUCGUCUGGACUAUCCACCAUGCUCUCUACGAUGGCUGGAGCAUUCCCUUCAUGCUGCAGCGAGUGCAGCAGAUUUACCAAACUGGCUCAUCAGACAUACCGAAGGCUCCAUACACCAGGUUCAUCAAAUACCUCAUGGAUGCCAAUCCAGAGACUUCGGCGAGGUAUUGGAAGGACAACUUGGCGGGCUCGGCGUCGUACCAAUUCCCACAGCAGUCGCAUUCGGCUUCGAACAAGGCUCCGAAUGGUCAAGUCUUGCAGCACACAGCCAAGUUCGUUGCCCAUCGUCAUAGCGACAUCACGCCCUCCACUGUCAUCCGUGCCGCUUGGGCCCUGCUCCUCACCGCCUACACGGGGAGCAAUGAUGUUGUCUUUGGUGAGACACUGACCGGCCGAGACAUCGCCGUUUCCAGCGUCACCGAGAUCUGCGGUCCAACCUUGACUACCGUCCCUACCAGAGUCAGAGUCGAUCAGAAAGCCAGCGUGCUUGACCUUCUGAAGGGGAUCGCGACGAAUACGACCGAUCGCAUACCUUACCAGCACGUCGGACUCUCGGAAAUCAAGCGGAUCGAUCAGGACACUGCUGCCGCGUGCGAUUUCCAAAACCUGUUGGCUAUCCAGACUGGAGGCGAGCAGCCUGCGGAGUCCAUGUGGUCGUUCCACAACACGGGCAUUCAGACCAAUUACUUCACAUACCCGCUAGUCAUUGAAUGCAAAGCUGGCCAAACGAGCGUUGAGAUUUCCGCAUAUUACGAUGCGAACGUCAUGUCGGCAUGGGAGAUCCAGCGCAUUCUCUACCAACUGGAUUCUCUCCUCAGCCAGCUCAACUCAGUCAGCAACGUUCGUGACAUCCGCGUAUUCAGCGAGCAAGACAUGCAGCUCGUACGUGAAUGGAACGCUCGCGAGCCGGUGGUGGUCGACGACACAAUUCCUUCCUUGUUCUUGCAGCAAGUGGCAGCUCGACAUUCUGGGACAGCGGUGUCUGCUUUUGACGGCAACUUCACCUAUGGGGAGCUGCGCGACCUCGCCUCUCGCCUAGCGCACGAGCUUAUCAGGUUGGGCGCUGGACCCGAGAAGCUGGUACCACUCUGUGUUGACAAGUCUCGCUGGGCAGUAGUCGCGAUAAUGGGUAUCCUUCUUUCGGGCGCGGGCUACGUACCGCUUUCGCCAGAACAUCCAGAUUCACGCCACAAACAGAUCAUUCAAGACUGCAAUGCGUCGAUCCUCCUGUGCUCGCCGGCCUACGAGUCUCGGUUCACGGCGACGGUGAGCAAGGUGGUGAAGGUCAACGAGGCCUCGAUUCGCCAACUCUCCGCUCGACAGUCGCAAGUCCCUCCGCGCGCAAAGAGCAACAACAUUUGCUACGUGCUGUAUACGUCCGGCAGCACUGGUGUGCCCAAAGGUGUAGUCAUCGAGCACCGGGCUAUUGCUUCCAGCUCCGCUGCCAUAUGCAAAGCUCUCUACAUGAAUUCAGCUUCGAGAGUCUUCCAGUUCGGAUCUUUCGUCUUCGAUGCCUCAGUCAUGGAGAUACUCACCGCGCUGUCCUGCGGUGCCGCCGUCUGCAUUCCUUCCGAAGAAGGGCGGACGACAGACAUCACCUCAGCGAUCAACAAACUCAAGGCUACGUGGACUUGCCUUACGCCGUCAGUGGCCAACGUUAUCGAAGGGCCCGAGGCCGUUCCUACCCUGAAGACUUUUGCAUCCGGAGCAGAAGCUCUCACUCCCGAAACGAUCAACAAGUGGUCUGGCUUACAGCUCCUAAAUGCCUACGGCCCAACCGAGGGGUCCAUCGUGUCUGCUGCGAACGACAAGGUCACAACUCAGCGAGAUCCGUCCAUCAUUGGACGGGUCCUUCAAAGCGGCCGAGCUUGGCUCACCAACCCCGAGAACCCGAACCAGCUCGCCCCUGUUGGAGCGGUCGCUGAGCUCUGUAUUGAAGGCCCGCUCCUCGCUAGAGGCUAUCUCAACAACCCCGCGAAGACUAAGGAAUCAUUUGUGGAGACCCCAGCCUUCACCAAAGAGUUCUUCAAGAACACGCAUACCAGGAUCUACCGUACGGGCGAUCUUGUUCAAUACGCUCCAGAUGGCUCCAUUCGCUACAUCGGACGUAAGGACAACCAAGUGAAGCUUGCUGGCCAGCGCAUGGAGCUCGGUGAGAUCGAACACCAUCUCCAAGCUGACAAGACCGUGCGACAAGCUGUAGUACUGAUGCCGAAGUUCGGUCCCGGGAAAAGGAAGCUGACUGCCGUUUUGUCCUUCCAUUGCUCGCCUGCAGACAUGGCUGAGCAGCCAUGGAACACGCCUGUAGCGACGCCUGAAGUUUUCCGCUGGAUUAAUGAGGUGAGAGAGAGGGUCUCCGACCUUGUGCCUUCCUACAUGGUGCCGACCGUUUGGACCGCCGUCUAUAACAUUCCGACAUUGGCUUCCUCGAAGCUCGACAGGAAGCAGGUAGCUGUUUGGUUUGAACGCAUGGAUGAAGACACUUACCGACACAUUCUGGAGCUUGAAAGCAGCAGUGAGCCGACCGUUACUGCCACGAAAGUGGCCACAAAGCUCCAAAGCAUCUGGGCGAAGGUGCUCAAUAUCCCUGUCAGCAACGUGAAGUUGAACAAGUCUUGGCUCUCGCUCGGUGGAGAUUCCAUCACUGCAAUGCAGCUCCUUGCCCGAUGCCGGAAGGAUGGAAUAAACCUUACCUUGAACCAAGUUCUUCGAAGCAAGUCGCUUGCGCAUCUCGCUGAGAGCGUUGGCUCCGGCGUCGGAUUCGAUCAUAGCGCAGAGCAGACCGACAAGCCUUUCGAGCUCUCGCCCAUCCAGCGCUUCUACUUCGAAUCCAUUGGGAACGAGAAGGAUUCGCACUUCAAUCAAUCCUUCACUCUUCGCCUCUCCCGCCGCACCGAUCCAGGAAGUCUAGGGAAGGUAGUCGAUGCCAUUGUCAAGUGUCACUCCAUGCUUCGCGCACGAUUCACCAAAGAUGAGGCAGGCAAGUGGCAUCAGACCAUCAUAAGGCACUCCGCAAAUGCAUACAAGUUUGAAGUGCACGACGUCACUGCUGUACAUGAGGUCGUCGGCACCAUCUCGAACACCCAGGAGAGCCUCAACAUAAUGGAUGGACCACUCUUCGCCAUCGAUUUCUUCAACGUACGAAACGGAGAGCAGAUUCUCUUCAUCACCGCUCACCACCUUGUCAUCGAUGUGGUCAGCUGGAGGGUGAUCCUCGGAGACCUUGAAGAGUGCCUCGCAUCUGGGUCGGUCGACGCUCUGCAGAAAGCGCUCCCUUUCCAAACCUGGUGCGAGAAGCAAACAGCCCAUGCUCUCCAGCCUAACCAGGUCGAGGCCAUGCAACAACAGCACUUCGCUGUAGAGCCCGCAGAUUUAGCAUUCUGGGCCCUCGACAAACGUCGCAAUUUGUAUGGUGAUGUGGAACGUGAUUCCUUCACCAUCGAUGAAGACAUCUCCGCUGCAGCCCUUGAAGACCACAGCGUCCUGCGAACCGACAUCGUCGACCUGUUCGUCGCAGCAGUUGUGCAUUCCUUCUCUCGCAUCUUCAUCAACCGCAAGACGCCUACCGUUUUCAAUGAGACGCACGGCCGCGAGACGUGGGAAUCAAGCAAUCUCGACCCCUCCCGCACCGUCGGCUGGUUCACAACGAUGUAUCCGAUCUGUGUACCAAUCGCCGAAGAUGAAGAUGAUGUUGUCCGAACGGUACGGCAAGUCAAGGACUCUCGCAGGAAGGUCACCGAUAAUGGCCGUCCGUACUUUGCUCAUCGCUUCCUUACCGAAGACGGCAAGCAGCGGUUCGCUGAUCACGCACCUAUUGAGAUCCUCUUCAAUUAUCUUGGCAAGAUGCAGCAGCUCGAGUCCGACGACUCCCUCUUCCAGCCGAUGCGGUUCAACGAAGACGAUGAAGCUGAGAUGACCGAUCUGGGUGCCAAGACGGGAAGACCUGCACUGUUCGAGAUCUCUGCGUCGGUCACGCAUGGAAAAAUCCAGUUCAACUUUAUGUACAACCGCUGGAUGAAGAGCCGGAAGAGCAUUCGCAGAUGGAUUGUUGAGUGUCAGCGAACGCUUGAGGAGAUCGUCAGCACUCUUGCCAAUAUCGAAAAUCCUCAGCCAACAAUGUCCGACUUCCCGCUCCUGCCACUAGAGUCGUACGACCGCCUAGACCGAGUCGUCAAGACCUUCCCAGCGGCGGGAAUCCUAUCGUACGACCAAGUAGAGGACAUGUAUCCUUGCGCGGCGAUGCAAGAGGGUAUGAUCCUCAGUCAAAUCAAGGAUCCCGAUUCGUACUGGUCUUAUUCCACGUUCGAGGUCAGAGCGAGACGGAGUGUGGUGGAUGUGCGACGAGUAGCUAGGGCGUGGGAGCAGGUUGUCAACCGUCACCCAGCCUUGCGCACGAUCUUUGUAGACAGUGUCUGCAAAGGAGGCGUCUUCGACCAGAUCGUCAUUAAGAGCCCGGAUACUGGAGUCCUGACCUAUAUUUGCGACGAUUCCGGCCUGACCGCGAAGCUGAACUCUAUCCAGUAUGCCAACUCCAAUGGCAAGAAGAAGCCUCGGCUUCCGCACCAGUUCACGAUCGUGGAGACGAAGUCUGGCAGAGUCAUUGUCAAGAUGGAGAUCAACCAUGCCGUCAUCGAUGGAGGAUCUCAUGCAGUCAUCCGGCGCGAUCUGGAGGCCGCCUACGAAGGCCGCCUAUCCGACGAAGAGGGGCCGCUGUACAGCGACUACAUUAAAUACAUUCGCAGCGUCCCGGCCGGGGCAGGGAUCAACUACUGGAAAGAGCAGCUUCGCGGCGUUCAACCCUGUUACUUUCCGACUAUUCCGCAGCACUCUACUAAGAACCGACAACUCCACUCGCGGUACAUGGACUUCGGUCGAUUCUCGGAGAUCCAAACUCUCGCGGAAAGGAGUAACGUCACGUUCGCGAACAUACUUCUUGCAGCGUGGGCAUUACUGCUACGUACCUACACCGGGUCCUCGGACGUGUGCUACGGCUACUUAACGUCCGGUCGCAACGUUCCCAUCGACAACAUUCAGAACGCAGUGGGGGCCUUUAUCAACAUGCUGGUGUCACGCGUCAAAGUUUCUGGCUCUCUCUCACUCGUGGACAUAUUCAAGAAGGUCCAGAGCGACUUCAUCGAAAGCUUGCCUUAUCAGCAUUGUUCUCUCGCGCAGUUCCAGCACGGUCUUGGACUCUCCGGGAAAGCCCUCUUUAACACUGCUGUCUCGGUACAGAACCAUGGUGCCGCCGAAGGCCAACCAGCUGAAGAGCCGAAUGUCGAAUUCGAACACCUGGACGCCCAUGAUCCGAGCGAGUUCGCUAUCACAGUGAAUAUCGAUGCAACUCGCAACGAUGAGGGAGUGCGUUUCUCAUACUGGACCGACUCCGUCUCAGACGACGAGGCGAAGAACAUCGCUUCAACUAUGGCCAAGAUCCUCGGUCAGGCUCUUAUAGACGCAAGACAAACUGUCGGAGAGCUUGACGCGGCGAUCGAAGACAAGCCCCAGGAAGACGUCAGGGCAGUGAACAUACCACUACCCACUCCGCGGUCAUUCAAAACCUCCCCCCGCUUCGACAUUCCUGACCCUAUGGCUUCGAUUCCCGUACCGAAGAUCGAGACUACACCGGUGGCGGCGCCAUCCAUGCCACCAGGUGCUCUCGACUGGAGCAGUCUCAUUCGGUCCAUUGUCAGCGAAAUGGUGCCUCAGAUCGUGGACCAGGUGAUGUCGAAGAACAAGCUCACCGCCACCCCUGCACCAUCCACAAUGAGCGAGAUGACGAAUCAAAUGGCGGGAAUGCUUGCGAGGAGAGCGUCGCAAUCAGUUCGCGGUGGUCGGUCAAAUCUCGAGACCGGCUCGAUGAGGUCACGCCGUAUGAGCACGGCGAGUGACGCCGAGAGUAGGAUUCACGUUGCUGCCGACAUGGUAGCAGCAGCUGGUGUCAUGGCUACUGAAGCUUUGAAGUCCGUGCCUCCGGACUUUGUUGAGAAGAAACUGUUGACGUUGUGGAGUGAGUUGUUGGAUAUGGUGGAGGAUUCUAUUGGGAAUGAGGAUAGCUUCUUCCAACUUGGUGGAGAUAGUAUUAUUGCUAUGAGACUUGUCGGCGCCGCAAGGGAGGAAGGGUUGUCUAUGACCGUGGCGGAUGUGUUCAAGAACCCCACGUUUGCCGACAUGUCCAGAGUCGUUCGAGUGGCUGGUGAGGUCAUCGACCAGGUCAUGUCUCAGGCCGGCGGCGAGUCGUCUGCCCCUAAACGCAGAUCUGGCAGCUGGUCUAAGCCAGCACUCCAACUUCCCGAGCGGACCGCUUCAGCAUGGAAAGACUUCCAGUCCAUUGUCUCUGAGCACGCUGUCGCCGAUGAAGAAGCCGACAGCACGCGAACCUCUCCCGCCAACACACCUCCAGCCGCAAAGUCGGACCGAGAGCAGGCCGAACAGAUGUUCAAGAAAUGGCAAGGCUUCACAUCCACCAUGCAGUCCGCAAUGCAACAACAGCAACGCGCACCAAGCCAGAAGCGCCACAUGCCUCAGACGAUCCACGAAGAUCCUUCAGCGACCAGGUCCAUUUCGCUGCUUGGAGAUCCCAACGUCGACAGCGUCAUCUCCAAAGUACAAGUCUUCAAGGGCGGCAUCUCUGAUGUGCUUCCCGUGACCGACUUCCAAGGGCUUGCCAUCACUGGAACGCUCUUGGAAUCGAAAUGGAUGCUCAACUACUUCUACCUCGACGGUGGAGGUCCUCUGGAUCUCCGUAAGCUAAAGCAGACGGCGUUCCGCCUUGUCCAGGCAUACGAUAUCCUGCGGACGGUUUUCGUGCCAUAUGGCGACCGCUUCCUCCAAGUCGUACUCAGGAAGCUUCAGCCAGAUUUCGUCUACCAAGAGACCGAUCUUGACCUAGAUGAGUUCACCGAAGAACUCCGACAGAAGGACCGCGAGCACGGGCCCCGCUUAGGCGAGACCUUCGUUCAAUUCGUCGUCGCGAAGCAGAAGAAGAGUGAGCACUAUCGUAUCUUUAUGCGCCUUUCACAUGCACAGUACGAUGGAUACUGUCUCCCGAAGAUCCUUGGCUCGCUCCAGGCCGGAUACAAUGGCCUUCCAAUUUCUUCCGCUCCCAGCUUCGGCACCUUCGUUCGGGAAUCUGCCAAGCACGUCGCCGGUGCUCAUGAUCAUUGGCGGGAAGUCCUCAGAGGAUCCAAAAUGACCGAAAUAGUUAAUCGCUACGGUCCUAACUACCAACGCUCUGCCGGCCGCACCGUCACGCUCAAGCAGAUGCUUACCGUCCCGACGCUGUCCUAUGUCAACAUCACGACAGCUACUGUCAUGAAAGCUGCUUGGGCCGCGACCCUUGCUCGGAUCGCCGGCAAGUCGGACAUCGUCUUCGGUCACGUCAUUUCUGGACGCAACAGUGGCCUGCACAACAUCGAGACCAUUAUCGGCCCUUGCUUGAACAUGGUCCCCGUUCGCGUGGUAUAUCGACCCGAGUGGACCGUGCUUGACCUUCUCGGCUACAUCCAAGACCAGCAAAUUGCGAACAUGCCAUACGAAUCUCUGGGCUUUCGGGAGAUUACGCGCAACUGCACCGACUGGCCGGACUGGACGAACUUCUCCAGUGUGCUUCAGCACAAUCAAGGUGUGCACUCCGACGAUGCGAAGCUACAGCUAGGAGGCAUCGAGUACAACGUUGGCGCCGUAGGCUCGCAGGAGGAUUUCGCCGACUUCUCCAUCACAUCCACUUCUCGCGGCGGCGACCAACUCGAGCUGCACCUCACCUACGCGCCCAACAGCACCAUCACCACCGAGUACGCACAACACGUCUUCGACAUGCUCUGCGGCACCGUCAUCACCUUCGCAGAGGACCCAUACACCCUACUCCCGUCUCCCUCCGAGCUCUCCUCCGGAAGCUCCACAACCAUCGACUCAGAGACGACGCGCAAGAAGUCCGCAGAGAAACAGCCCGUCACCCUCCCCACCGACACCGGCCUCUCCAAGCACGAGCUCUCCAUCCUCGCAACCAAACUGCGCUCCGCCUGGGAGCAGAUCCUGCGCGACGACAAAGGCGCGCCCGUGCCGCUCGAGCUCGGGUCCAAUUUCUUCGAGCUGGGCGGCGACAUUAUGGGGCUUGCGCAGAUCACGUCGAUCCUGGACCAGGAGGGGCUAAGGGUGAGAGUCGAGGAUAUGAUUGAUAAGUGCAUAUUUGUGGAGCAGGUGGGCCUGCUGGCGGUGGAGAGGAAGAAGCAGCUGGAGAAGGAGGAGAUGAGUCCGUGGGGCGAGAAGGGCAGGAAGAAGGAGCUGGUUAAGGGGGAGAGGGCGCCGAUGGAGCGGACGGGGAGCGGGUUAGGGGCGUUCGCGAGGAAGAUGGGGUUGAAGCGGAGGGAUAGCCCGAGGAAGUAA